UUCUCAGUGUGGGACUCCAGUUUUCUCUCUCCUACAAUUCGUCACCAUAACCUGAUGUCACCUUCCUGUUUCCGACUCCUUCUCCUGAGAAAAGUUGACGAAUGAUAUCGGUUGAAUUUGAAUAAAAUUGCAACUGGAAAGCGACGUCUGACGAUUUGUGUCAAAUGCAUGGUGGAAGUAACGAUAGUGUUUUUUUAAAAGUAAAGUAACCGAAGACAAUAAUUGGCAUCUACAGGCAAAGAGCUGAAAGAAGUAAAGGAUGAGCGCGAAGAAUGAAGAUUGGGAUGUGAAGCGGCGCGAAGUGGAGUUCGAUGAGUACUGGAAGCUACGACGUAAAUUUUUGCGGACUCACAAAGACAAGUUUCCGGAAGAUUUGCUCAAUUGCUUAGCCCAAAUAUUCAUCGAUGUCGAACUGUUAGGAUGCAGUUAUCCACAAAGAACAAUGGAUUUAGUAAAGGAAUUGUCACAGGACAUCCCGGCCAAAUAUAUAUAUACAAUAGAAAAUCCAAAGAAAAAGUCACAAAAAACAUUUGUGGAAGCGUCAGAGGCAGCUAGUUCUAAGAUAAAAGAAUGCACUGAUGAAAUAUCUACUGUUGCAGAAGAAUCUACAUCGAACACACUUGACCAUAUAUCAAAUGCAACCUAUUUUAUUGAUCAAUCUCCUUCCAAAAAACGCUCCAAGAAAGAUAAAAAACUUGACGCUGAGGAGAAUACGCUUCCUAAUGCUACAAAAAAAUCUGUAUCAAAUACAAUCGAUUACAACUCUCAGUCUAAUGAAGUUUCUAUAUUCAGGCGGUAUUUCGAAGAGCUGUAUUUCGAAGAAAUACAGUCUGAAAAAUUAAAAACAGAGCCUCAUUUCGAAGAAAUGCCACCUAAAAGAUUGAAAUCAAAAUCACAUUUCGAAGAAAUGCCAUCGGAAAGAUUAAAAACAGAGUCAUGUUGCAAAGAAAUACAGUCCGAAAGAAUAAAAACAGAGCCUCAUUUCGAAGAAAUGCCACCUGAAAGAUUGAAAUCAAAACCACAUUUCGAAGAAAUGCCAUCUGAAACAUUAAAAACAGAGUCAUGUUGCAAAGAAAUACAGUCUGAAAGAAUAAAAACAGAGCCACAUUUCGAAGAAAUACAGUCUGAAAGAUUAAAAACAGAGAGAGAUGUCUCAUUUGAAUAUCAAGACAAAUCGUAUGGAGAUAUUAUUAUAUGGGAAAGACCAGGUGAUGAUGAAUUUACUACGCUGAAAAUUUCAGUUAGAUUAUCUGGUAAAACCCUAAAGUGGAGAUAUUCUAAGAAUGAAAAUAGCUGUGAAUGUUUUAUGUAUAUUGACUCAGAGAAAUUGUGUAGUAACACCAACGUAACUAAAAAAACGGCCAGAAAAUCAGCGGUCAACACUGCAUUAAAAAAAUUACGAAAAUGCUACUAUACGGUUAAGGUAAAAAACGGUUCGGGUAUAGAUCCAGUUGUAAUAGCAGUAGAAAUAAAGCAGGAUUCGCUUCCCGACAGGACUGGAUCUAUAUGCACUGAAACGAAAUUUAUAGUGGACUGGCCUGGCGAUAAUUUUGAAAAAUCGGAUCAGGUUACUGUGGAACUCACGUCUCCGAUAGUCGAGACACAAGUAAAUCAAGAAGUUCUCGGCUGGAAAAUAAACAAUUCUAAAACGUACAAAAUAACAACCCUGUGUCAAAGAGUGUUUAAACAUCUAUUACAAAAGGAUAUUUUGCAAAACGAUAUUGUGUUUCUGGACUUUUCUACGCAAGACAGAGCGCUGAUUCAAAAAAUCGCACAUAACAUGGGUCUAAAUCCACGUAAGCUUAGUAUGGAAAAAGGAAAAAUAGUAGUCUCACGUAAAGUCAAUGUACAGAAUUUUAUCAAGCAACUGAACAAACUUGGUGGAGUCACCGAGAAGUACGAACUGGUGAAACCGACCGACAAAAAGUUCGUUUUAAGACAGUAUUUCGAAGAAAUACAGUCUAAAAAAUUAAAUGCAGAGCCAUAUUUCGAAAAAAUACAGUCUGAAAAAUUAAAUGCAGAGUUAUAUUUCGAAGAAAUACAGUCUGAAAAAUUAAAUGCAGAUCCAUAUUUCGAAGAAAUACUGUCUGAAAAAUUAAAUGCAGAUCCAUAUUUCGAAGAAAUACAGUCUGAAAAAUUAAAUGCAGAUCCAUAUUUCGAAGAAAUACAGUCUGAAAAAUUAAAUGCAGAAUCAUAUUUCGAAGAAAUACAGUCUGAAAAAUUAAAAACGAAGCCAUAUUUCAACGAGAUACAAUCUGAAAGAUUAAAAACAGAGAAAGAGGUAUCACUUAAAGAUCAAUAUAAUCAGUACAUCGACAUUGUUCUAUUGGAAAGACCGGGUGACGAUAUAUUUACUACGCUGGAAGUUUCAGCUUCUGUGUCUGGUAAAACCCUAAAAUGGAAUUACUGUAAGAAAGAAAAACUCUGGGAAGUCUCUGUAAAUAUUGAGUCACGGAAAUUGAGUUGUAUCACUAAAUCAACUAAAAUAGAGGCCAGAAACUUAGCUGCCAACAUAGCAUUAGAAAAAUUACGAAAGUGGUGCUAUACGGUUAAAGUAAAUAAAAAAUUAAAAACAAAGCCAUACUUUGAAGAAACGCCACCUAAACGAUUAAAAAUAGAGGCAAAUGUUUCACUUAAAGAUCAAGAUAAUCCGUUCAGAGACAUUGUUCUUUGGGAAAGACCGGGUGAUGAUCCGAUUACUAUGCUGAAAAUGUCAAUUAAGUUAUCUGGUAAAGUCCUAGAGUGCAAGUACUCUAAGGAAAAAAAUUUUUGGAAAUGCUGCAUGAAUAUUAACUCACAGGAAUUGAGUUGUAGUAACUUAUCGUUAACUAAAAUAGGGACCGCAGAAUCAGCAGCCGACAUUGCAUUAGAAAAAUUGCGAAAGUGCUGCUAUACGGUUAAAGUUACAGAAGGUUCGGGUAUAGAUCCAGUUGUAACAGCAAUGAAAAUCAAAAAGGAAUCGCUUCCCGAUUGGACUGGAUCUAUAUGCACUGAAAAGAUAUUGAUGGUGAACUGGCCUGACGAUAGUUUUGGAAAAUCGGAUCAGGGUACCGUGGAACUCAUGUCUCCGAUAGUCGAUACACAAAUAAACCAAGAAGUUUAUGACCUGAAAAUAAAAAAGAAGAUCGAAAUAAUAGUCAUAUGUGAAAGACUUUUACAAACGGACAAUGUUUUGCAAACCGACAUUAUAUUUUUGGGCUUUCUUAAAAAAGACAGAAAGCUGAUUCGUCAAAUCGCAGGAAGAAUGGACUUAAAUUGUAGGAAGAUAAAAGGAAAAGAAAAAAGGAAGAGACUGAUAGUCUCACGUAAAGUUGAUAUAUGGCGUUUAGUCAAACAACUGAACGAACUUGGUGGAGUCACCGCGAAGUACGAGCUGGUGAAACCGACCAACGAAAAUUAUCCGCAAAGAACAAUGGAUUUAGUGAAGGAAUUGUCGCAGGACGACGCGGCCGAAUAUAGAGAAGAGCAAAAGAAAAAGUUACAAAGAAAAUUUGUGGAACCGUCAGAGGCGGCUAGUUCUGAGAUUAAAGGCUGCGCUGAUAAAACAUCUACUGUCGCAGAAGAAUUGAACACGCUUGAUCAUACAUCAAACGCAACCAAUUUUAUUGAUCAAUCUCCUAAAAAAUGUUCCAGAAUAAAUAAAAAACUUGACGCCGAGAAGAAGUCGCUUUCUAAUAAUACAAAAGAACCUGUAUCAAAUGCAAUCAAUCACAACUUUCAGUCUUACGAAGUUUCUACAUUCAGGCGAUGUUUCGAAGAGCUGUAUUUCGAGGAAAUACAGUCUGAAAAAUUAAAAACAGAGCCAUAUUUCGAAGAAAUGCCAUCUAAAAAAAUAAAAACAGAGCCAUAUUUUGAAGAAAUGCUAUCUGAAAGAUUAAAAACAGAGCCGUAUUUCGAAGAAAUACAGUCUGAAAAAUUAAAAACAGAAUCAUAUUUCGGAGAAAUGCCAGCUAAAAAAAUAAAAACAGAGUCAUAUUUUGAAGAUGUAUCCUCUGAGAGUUUAGAAUCAUUAGACAGUUUAGAGCCAUGUGUCGGAGAUAUACAGUCUGAAAUAUUAGAAUCAGACGAAGAUGUCUCACUUGAAGAUCAAAAUAAUCCAUACAUAGACAUUGUUUUAUGGGAAAGACCAGGUGACUGUGAGUUUGAAAUGCUGAAUUAUUCAGUUAAGUUAUCUGGCAAAGCCCUACAAUGGAAUUUCUUUAAGAAAAAACGUCUCUGGGAAUGCUUUAUGAAUAUUAACUCACACGGAUUGUGUCGUAGUACCGAUUCGAAUAAAAAAGCGGCCAGAAAUGUAGCAGUCACUGCUGCAUUAAAAAAAUUACGAAAGUGCUGCUAUACGGUUAAAGUUAAAGUAGGCGUGGGUAUAGAUCCAGUUGUAACGGCAAUGGACAUAAUGCAAGAAUCUCUUCCCGACGACGAUUGGAACGGAUCUGAUUGCAUUGAAAAAUUGAUGGUGGGCUGGGUUGGCGAUAGUCUUGGAAAUUUGGGGCAAGAUACUAUGAAAGCCAUAGUCGAGACACAAGAAAACCAAGAAGGUUUUGGGUUGAAAAUAAAAAAGGCACACGAAAUAAUAGUCAACUGUGAAAAACUUUUAGAAACGGACAAUAUUUUGCAAAAUGAUAUUGUGUUUGCGGACUUUCCUAGAGAAGACAGAAUGCUGAUUGAUAAAAUCGCAGGAAAAAUGGACCUCAAUACACGGUAUUAUAUAGGAAAACUGGUAGUUUCACGUAAAGUCGAUGUAUGGCGUUUGGUCAAACAACUGAACAAACUUGGUGGAGUCACCGAGAAGUACGAACUGGUGAAACCGACCGACAAAAAAUUUAUUUCAUUGCCAGCUUCGACGGACAUUUGAGCAUAGAAAAGAAAGAUGUGUUCAAAUGACAUUUUCUAUGAUAUUAAUAUAUUACAGCUGCUUGGAUUGUAAAAUAAAUGGAUAACUAUAUUCAGAAGUC